UUAAAACACAUACAUACACCACGUGUAUAGAUAUUUAGUAGAUAUGUCUUUUUAAAAUUUACCAAUAAUUUAAGGUAUAUAUAAAUGUUUAUACACUUUUAUAUUUUUCUUAAAAUAUAUGUUUCUAUGUAUGUGUAUUUUUUUUAUAAAUACACAAUAAAAAUGCACAGUACACAGACGAAACCUUUUAAUCUGGAUGCAAUUAAUCGUGAUUAAUCAUUUGAAAGCCCUAAUAAAUAGUCUGUUUGGACCGAUUUUCAAACUUAACUUGAUUAGUUUAGCCGUCUAAAUGUAUUUUUAAACUAAAAUGAAGACGUAUGUUACAUAGACUAUUGAAGUAAAACACUUGAAAGGCCAGAAGGAGAAUGGCCAUGUUAGGUGAGAAAACAUAAUGCAAAUGUUACGUUAGUUUUACACAAUUAGUCACAUUUUAAGGAGUAACACAAUAUUUUCACACAUUACUUUAAAAACAACUUUCCUCAACACUACACAUGACAUGCACGGAUCAAUGUUUUAUUAUUGUUCACAGGCUUUAUAUCUUGCAGUGAAAGGAUGAACUGCAUUAUGUUUUUGAGUAAAAUAGAUUUAUCACAGAAAUGAAUGAUUAAUGAUUUUGAAAAGUGGGCUUUACCUACCAGAUUGAUCCUAGUGUUUGAAAGGGAAGUGAAUAAAAGAGGCACCGGCGACAUUAGAGGAUAAAGUUAAUACAUUUGAAUGAAAGAUUAUGAAGACGUGUGCGGAUGCACUUCAGAUUGACUAGAUUCACAAUACAGCACAAGGGUUUUGACCUCAUGGCUGUUUUAAUUCAGUCAAACUUUGAUUCUCUGGGUUCAGAAGCUCUGUUGGUAUUGCUAUUGUAGGCUGUGCUCUAGUAUGUAUUGACUGUUGUAUUGCAUCAUUUAUGAUCAUUAUUACCCGAGAGGCUUGAGAAGGUUCUUUACUAGUGUAAACAGCAGAUCAGGUUGUAUUCGCCGGCCCUUAAUUCAAUGACUAACAUUGUUGGCGUGGUGCCGGUUUUCCCCGGGGAAAUCUACAAGAAAAGAAGACAAUUAAGACUAAUUAAGUCUCUUCAUGGACACCAAUCGAAAAUGGAGGGAAAGAACAGUAACCAUUCGACGACAGACCGUCGGCGGGUUUGGCUUGAGCAUCAAGGGUGGCGCUGAACACAAAAUCCCUGUUGUGAUAUCAAAAAUAUCAAAAGAACAGAAGGCUGAACUCUCUGGUCUCCUGUUUAUUGGAGAUGGGAUUCUUCAGAUAAACGGCAUUAACGUCAGGAGCUAUCGGCAUGAAGAAGUGGUGCAGGUCUUACGGAACGCAGGUGAAGAAGUUACUCUCACAGUGUCGUUUCUGAAGAGAACGCCUGCGUUCCUGAAACUGCCGCUGUGUGAAGAUUGCUUGUGUAUACCCAGUGACCACAGCAGUGGAACCUCGUCUCCGUUGUGUGACAGCGGCCUGCAUUUAAACUACCAUCCCAACAACACGGACACAUUGUCCUGUUCGUCCUGGCUGAUGUCUCCCGGGUUGCGAUGGGAGAAGAGGUGGGUGGAUCUGCGACUGAUCCCUCUCUUACACGCACGUCUGUCUCAGUAUGUCCCAGGUACUGACACCUGCAGGCAACAUGCCUUUCAAGUCAUCGCUGUUGAUGGCGUGUGCAGCGGCGUCAUUCAGAGCUCCAGCGCCGAUGAAUGCUCAGACUGGCUUCAAGCGAUAGCGUCCAAUAUUUCUGCUUUAACCAAGCACAACGUGAAGAAAAUAAACCGAAAUUUUCCAGUAAACCAACAGAUUAUAUUUAUGGGCUGGGUGGAUGAGAAAGAGCAAGAUUCAGUUCAGGACCGAAUGUACACGCCAAAGUUUCUUGCCUUACGGGGUUCAUCGCUCUUUAAAUUCUCGGCACCUCCGGUCACCACCUGGGACUGGACCAGAGCGGAGAAAUCCUUCACCGUCUUUGAGAUCAUGUUCAAGAUUCUGAAGGACAUGGAGCUGGUGGACAAACGGAAGCACUGCUUCAGCGUUCAGACGGACUCAGGGGAGGACAUCUUCUUCAGCGUGGAGCUGGACUGCGAGCUGCUUCUCUGGGAGAAAGCCUUUCAGAUGGCAACGUUCUUUGAAGUGGAGAGAAUACAGUGUAAAACAUACGCUUGCAUCAUGGACAGUCAUCUCAUGGGACUCACCAUUGAUUUUAACAUGGGCUUUGUGUGCUUUGACGCUGCGUCCAAGGUGGUGCUGUGGAGAUACAAAUUCUCUCAGCUGAAAGGAUCUUCAGAUGACGGCAAAAGUAAAAUCAAGUUCCUGUUUCAGAAUCAAGACACGAAACUCAUUGAAGCCAAGGAGCUGGAGUUCUCCAAUCUCUUUGCGGUUCUUCACUGCAUUCACGCGUUCUUCGCUGCCAAAGUGGCUUGUUUGGAUCCCAUGUUCGUAAGCAGCCAGAACGCUGCCACGGCCCCUGUGGUCUCCACGACCCCCACCUUAACCACCACCUCACACAUGUCCAAAAUAAAGUACACGAGCUGACAGACUCUUGUGUCAUUUUCUCCUCUCAGAAGAUCACAGGAGAGGAACAAUCCAUUAUAAACCACAGACUGAAGGUUGUGUAGAAAAAUAUGUUUUUUGUCUGGACAAGUCAGGGGAAUGAACUGGAUUUCACCUUUACGUUGAACAUUCAAAUGUGGACACUAGAUGUGGACACUAGAUGACAGCGUUUGGAGACACCGCGGAUCCUUUUCAACUGCAGUUACUUGAUCUUUAGAGAAUCAGACUCCUCACGUUUGAUAUGAAGGUAUGUUUGCAUUAAACUGAUAGAAACACUUUGUGUAUACUUUUAGGAUAUUAUUUUAUCUGGUAGAUUGACAUGAACCCUUUAUGAAUUUGCCACGAGGUGCAUCAGAAAUGUUCUCCAAUUUAUGUUCUUGAGAUUCUUUCACUUCAUUUAUUAACCCGGUCGAUUUAGAAGAACAUUUAAACGCACAGUACACCCAAAAAUUAAAAUUCUGUCAUCAUUUAUUCACCUUCGAUUUGUUACAAAUCUGUAUGAAUUUUAAAUUCCGAUGAAUACAGAGAAAGAUAUUUCAAAAUCUUGAGGUUACAAGCAUUCUUCCAACCUCAAGAUUUUGCCCCCCAUUGACUCCCAUAGUAGGAAAAAAACAAUUGCAGUUAAAAGUGUCCCAGAACUGUUUGCUGUCCUAUAAUCUUCAAAAUAUCUUCUUUUGUGUUCAACUGAACAAUUAAAAAAUAAAAAACGAAGUAAUUUUCCCUACUAUGGGAGUCAAUGAGGGGCAAACUCUUGAGGUUACUAGCAUUCUUCCAAAUAUCUUCUUGUGUUUAUUAGAUCAAAGACAUUUAUACACAUUUGGAACAACUCGAGGCUGAGGAAGUGAUGACAGAAUUUUCAUUUUUGGGUGAACUGUUCCUUCAAAGGUAAGAAAUGGACAAUCUGAAGCAAUCUGAAUGUCCUUUGCCUUAUAUGAGGCAAUAAAAUCAAGAGUCCAAAUGUGGCAUCAUUUUUAAAUCUAAAACCAGUGAUAUUAAAAGACUUUUAUCUGACUGCCUAGAGAUACCCAGAAUGUGGGAGUGUUUUAUUUUCAUACUGUACCUAUUUUGCUACUCUUUAAUCCUUUAUUAAGGUUUGUGUACGUAAAGAUGAACCGAAUGGAAUUGUAUGAUGUGUAUGAAAUUACAUUUGAACUAUCUCAAGGGUACGUGCUAAUAAAUAAUUGCCUUCAUUUUA